AUGUAUCUUGAGUUUCGUUUCUCCAAGCGGCAGGUCUUCUCUAAAUACUUGGAUUUUAGUAGUUUCGACAGAUUACCACUUUCUCUUCCUUUUGGAGUUGCAGGCUUAUCUUUAGAGGUUUUGGCUUCAUGUAAUGGACUGUUGCUUUUAAUUAAGGAUCUUAGGACUUAUGUCCUAUGGAACCCUUCAACGGGAGCGUUUAGGGAGUUUUUGGGUCUUCACCAAAACAUGUCCAUCGGUUCUUACUGCAGAUUAUAUGGAAUUGCCUACAAUGCAACAACCGACACAUACAAAAUCAUUUCCGCCUCCCAAUUCGGCAACUCACGAGAAGAAACAAUAUUCACUAUUCAUGACUGCAGUACAUGGACGACGAUCAACCAAACCGGUGGGUUUUUGUACUACAUCACGAGGAAUCAACAGGCGGCCAAUGUAAAUGGGACUCCUCACUGGCUCGUGUCCCAUGAGUUAGACUCCGGCUGCGUGAUCAUAUGCUAUGAUAUGUUGUACGAAAAAUUUGAAGAAGUGCCCAAGCCUGAAUGGGCGGAUGAUGUUACGGUUCUUGAAUUGAAGGCCCACAAGGGAAUGUUGUGCUUGAUUCACUACAAGAGGGGGUUUGCCGAUGUUUGGGUGAUGGAAAGAUACGGGAAACAAGAAUCUUGGACAAAGUUGUAUCCGUACGUUGCUUGCUCGAGUGAUUUUGGCGUAAGGCCGUUGGGCGUGACUCAUGGCGAUCAUGUCGUGAUGGAGGUGGAACAACGGAAACUAGAGGUGUACGAUCCUCGUAACCGAGUUUUCAGUAUGAAGAAUUCAUACACCUAUCCCAAUUCUGGUUUUGGGGCUAUCACAUAUGUGGAGACUCUAGUCUCACCUGUUGGCUAG